UCGUGGAUUCAACAGCUUCCAAGUUGGCAAUCCUGUUAUCACUCGUUCCUUCUUUAAAACCACGUUCCCAUGCAUUCACUUCUCUACUCCCCAAACACUCCCUAGUCUAACACACACAGUCAUACACAAUGGAUGUUUGGUCAUGGAUAUCUGAGCUCCCCAACUCAGUGGACUGGAACGAGUCAGACUCACCACUCAAGUUCGAGCUAGCGAGUGAGGACAACAACUCAACUCGCUCAAUAGAACUCAAAGCCGAGCGAACCUCCGGGUCAGACUCCGACGCGGCGGUGACAUUCACCGUGUGCUUGCAAGGCUUCCACCCAUUCAACACCCAAAAGCCUCUCUGGGUAUCCGAGAAAUGCAACCUUUCUCCAGAUAACCAAAACCCCUUCCUUCCUCUGCUCCUCCAACUCCUCCAGGAAAUCAUAUCCCACUCACCCACCGCGCACGAUAGCACCUGCCCAAGAUCCCAGCUCCAGAAACUGAAGCCGGAACCCAUAUCAUGGAUCAUGGACUCACACACACCGGAAUCUCUCUCCAAUUUCUUCAACCUCGUCUUCACCGUGCGACUCUUCUGGCUCUGCGUCUGUGACGCGCCCAGCGAAGCUGGGUCACUCUACUUCCGAUCCCUGCUCGCUCCCACUCUCGAGACGGCGUCGUCGAAGAUCCUCAGAACGUUCUUCCUCACCGUCGGAGUCGACACCGAGCUCUGUUUCAUGCGCACCCUCGGCUACAUAAUAGCAAAGUCCUGCAUCAUAAAAGAGCUCGGCGUGGGAUUGCAAACGCUCUUACCUUCGCCUUCGCCGCCGCGUAAGAAUCCAAGAUUCUCCUACGCGGCGGAGGCAAAUGGACUCUGGGUUCUAAAAGGGUACGCGCCAGUGAUGACCAUGAAAUUGGCGCGAACCAACGGUCAGAAAAGUCAAUUUCGCGGUAUAGAUGCGAAGGAGUCAAUACUCCGGUAUGCUCUGGCGCACCACCAAUUAGAGGCACAUGUGCAGCUUGAAUACACUGUUGGAUUCCACGAUGGAUUCAUUCAGGUUCGUGCACGUGUCGAUAAUAUAAGGCUCCACGUGGCGAGGUUGGGUUUCAAUAAAGAUGGUGAUGAUGUGGAUUUCAUUGACGAGAAGCACUUCCCAUCUCGGGUUCGAGUUUGGGUGGGUCCGGAGAUCGGGGCAGCUUAUGUGGGUGGACUGAGCUUGGGUCGUUCCGCGGAGAACAACGAGAGAGAAGUGGAGAUUCAAAAGAUUGUGAAGGGCAAUUUCGAGAAAUCGGAACAGAUUUCAAAGGUGAAAGCGGCGGCAAGGUCGUCGAGGAGGACGAGGACUAAGAGUUGGAGAAUGGAUCAGGAUGCAGAGGGGAACGCGGCGAUAUUCGACGUCGUUUUGCAUGAUAACAUGACGGGCUUGGAGGUAGGGGCGUGGAAACCCACAGGCCAAACGGGCGAUGACCCGGUUCAUGGUAUGAGAGGGAGAUAUAGCGGGGCAAGUAGGCCGUUUAAUAAAAGUGGGUCGGUGGUGAUUGCAGGGGAUGAGUAUGGAGAGGAAGUGGGGUGGAGGCUUAGCAAAGAGAUGGAAGGGAGUGUGUUGAAGUGGAGGAUUGGGGGAGAGUUUUGGGUUAGUUAUUGGCCCAACCAAGUAAAAGGUUCUUAUUUUGAAACUAGGUAUGUGGAGUGGUGCGAUGAAGUUGAUUUGCCUCUAAUUAACAAUGCAAAAAUUCCUUGAGAAUUUAAGCAUGAAGCCUCAAAAAAAUGGGGGCAAAAGUUUGUGUAAAUAUAUUGAACUAAGCUUAGCAACUAGUAAGGUUAUAGUGUAUUUGUGUAACAAUAGCCAUUAGCGCAUUGCUUAAAUAAAUGUUUUAUAUAGUCUAA